AUGGGGGAGCGCUUCCAAACGCAUGAUGAACAGUCUCUGCUGCUCUCACAGCUUUAUCCAGACCAAAUUAAAGGCAGAGAGCUUCCAGAAGAGAAUGAUGGAGAAGAAUCCAUCAGGAUACAAGAUCGUGGCAAUGCUUCCAUUUCUUUAGAGAAUGAAGACACUGAGGAGGAUGAAGAGGACAGUGAUGUUGAACACCCUUUCUCUGACCUGAAAAACUUGUCAGACCCUGGAUAUAAGAAAUGUUCUACAAAGAAGAAAAAUGUGAACUCACGAAGGAAAGUCCAGACUGGAAAGAAACUUGCCUGUGAAGACUGUGGCAAAACAUUUAUUGGUAAAUCCGCUUUAAACACACACAGGAGAAUCCACACAGGACAGAAGCCUUUCUGUUGUGAUCUAUGUGGAAAAAGGUUUAGCCAAAAAGGAAAUUUAAAAACGCACAUGAGAAUGCAUACGGGAGAGAAGCCUUUCCAUUGUGAUCUAUGUGAGCAACAAUUUGGCUCCAAAUCACAUUUAACCACACACAUGAGAAUCCAUACAAGAGAGAAGCCUUUCUGUUGUGAUCUGUGUGGAAAAAGAUUUAGCCACAAAUCAGCUUUAAACACACACAUGAAUAUCCAUACAGGACAGAAGCCUUUCUGUUGUGAUCUGUGUGGAAAAAGAUGCAGCCAAAAAACUAAUUUAAAUAUGCACAUGACAAUCCAUACAGGACAGAAGCCUUUCUGUUGUGACCUAUGUGGCCAAAGAUUUGACCGAAAAGGAUCUUUAAACACACACAUGAAGAUUCACAUGGGACAGAAGUCUUUCUGUUGUGAUCUAUGUGGAAAAAGAUUUGUCGAAAAGGGAACUUUAAACACACACAUGAGAAUCCAUACAGGACAGAAGCCUUUCUGUUGUGAUCUAUGUGGAAAAAGAUUUAGUCAGAACUGUAAUUUAAACACACACAUGAGAAUCCAUACAGGACAGAAGCCUUUCUGUUGUGAUCUGUGUGGAAAUAGAUUUAGUGAUAAAGGAGCUUUAAUCACACACAUGAAGAACCAUACAGGUCAGAAGCCUUUCUGCUGUGAUCUAUGUGGAAAAAGAUUUAGCAUGAACUGUAAUUUAACCACACACAUGAGAAUC